UGUUUCGUCUAUGGCAAGAAAGAACCAUAAUACAAAUAUGUAUGUUCAGUUUUUAUAACUGGCCAGGAUGUCGGUAAAUUUUAAUAAUAAUGAGGAGUUGGAGCCUCUCAUACGGUCCAGCCACGGACCUGAUGGACCUCGUCGUUCCGUGUGGCUGGCCGUUGAACUGCCACUUUUUCUAUUGCUAUUCAGUUCAUCUCUCACAGAUACCGUAACAUACAACUUACUUCUAUACCGCACCUGUAUAGUCGAGUUAGAGUACAAUUCAACAGAAUGCGCUCUACUCAACAUUUUAAACAAGACCGGCGAAGCCAAAGACCUGGAGACUGAGGUCCAAUCCGAAGCGUCUAUUCUGGUGACUAUAAUAUCAGUGUUUAGCAGUAUCAUGCCGGCUAUAUUGGCUGUGUUUUUAGGGUCCUGGUCUGAUAAGUAUGGAAGGAAGCCGUUGGUGGUUUGGCCGCUUUUUGGACAGUUCCUAACUGCUGUAUUGACAGUUGUAUUCAGUGCAGUUCAAUAUUUAAGUGCAUAUUGGUUUAUUCUCUGCAUAAUGCCGUUCGCAAUGCUUGGCGGAUUCAGCACAAUCAUGUUGGGAGCUAAUCUGAUCACUACAGAUAUCACUAAUGAAAAGGAUAGAUCCUUCAGGCUGUCACUUAUACAAGGAUGCGGCUUUGCCGGUGUUCUCACAGGAACCAUAGGUUCAAGCUACGUGUACGACUUCAUGGGCUAUGUUCCUUUGUUUACGUUAUCAGCUGCCAUUUAUUUCUUCACAUUGUUAUAUACCGUCGUCUUGGUGGAAGAGACUUUGGUUAUAGCCGAGACAGGAGGUCUUUGCAAAAUCUUCAAUUGUGACCUAAUCAAAGACAUGGGCCGGACAUGUUUCAAGAAGAGAGACCUAAGCAUCACCGCUAUAUUGACCCUCCUCAUUACCGCUUUUGCGAUCACUAUGUUCUGUAUAUUCGGAAUUAGUGCCGUGGACUAUUUAUUCACGAGACAGAAGUUCCAAUGGCUUCUGAAGGAGUAUUCAACAUUCUGUGCUGUUAACAUUAUUAUAGGUCUUAUCGGGAUGUAUAUUGGGAUGUCGUUUUUCCAAUCCUACUGCAAGAUGUCGGAUGGAAUGCUUCUCAUUUUGUCCUACGUGUCGUCCGUUUGCGACGCGACUGUCAGAAGCUUGUCCCAAAAAUCCUGGCACUUGUAUCUCGCGGGAAUGAUGUCCAUACUAGGAAGUUUAUCACCCCCACUAAUCCGGUCCCAGAUCUCCAAAGUGCUGCCAAAAGACGAAGUAGCCAAGAUGUAUUCUCUAGUCAGUUGUGUAGAAGCUGCCAUGCCGAUAUUUGCCCCUGUUCUGUUUAAUUGGGCGUAUUACUGCACAUUAGCAGUGUUUCCCGGGUUUAUUUACGUCAUAUCUGGAGGAUUAUUCACGGUGUGUCUUGUACUUGUAAUAUUCGCAAAUAUUCUUUACUACAGGGUGGUGAAAAAUCGAAGUCAAAUCCCUCCUUGAAGAAGAUGUAUGCAUCAUAAAAACAGUUUACAUAAAUCUCGUAUCCUUAUGAUUAAAUAGGUAAUUUCAACACGAGAAAUCGAUCUAAAAUAGUCGUGUUAAAACUAGUAAGUAGAUAUACUGAAUCAAUUAUGAUAUUAGUACAAAAUUGUCUCAUAAGCCUUAGAGAUUUCAAUUUUCGUUUAUUUUUUAAGAUGGAUAUGAUGGCACAGAUGCUCAUGUGUACCUACUCGUAAAUGUAUGAAUCUUAUAGUUAAUUCAUUUAUCACUUAUAGUUGAUUAGAAUAAGCAAACUGUGAUAUAAAAUCGGUACAUAUCAAGAACCUUAUGUUAUUGGUUAUAAGUAAAGAUUUAAGUAGGUAAGUAAGUAUGUGUAGGUUUAUUGUAAUAUCAUAAUUAUCAUGUAAUGAAACUGACUACUACAAUUGCCACUAUUCGAUAAAAUACUAUAGGUAAAAGCCCCUUACGUAUGUAGUAGUCAACUUAAUUUAUCUAAAGCAUUUUCGUAAACUGAACAUAACUACACGCAAGAGAGGCUUUAACUAAGUUUUUUGCCCAGAGGAAUCUAGUUUUAGGAUAUCGAGUAAGACAACUAAUAUUAUAAAACCAUAAAUGUUUUAAUACAAUCACACAGACAAACAUACACAUUGACUUAAUAUUAUUAUACUUACAAUAACAAUACAAGUAACACCACGUCUAAACCAUAAAAUACAUACAUUAAAAAACUUUGUACAUACGUAAGAUUUUCGACAAAAAAUGUUACGGGGAUCAAAUAUAAAAUACAAGUUGAUAUCUACUUUAUUGUGUGUUGAAAUUGUUUUACAGUAGGUAUGGUAUUUUGUGUGUAAAUGCAUAAAUAUUGUUUAAAUAAUAUUAUUAUUUUCAUACGUAAAAAUAAAUUUACACAUGAAAAUGUAACGGAAUCCUCAUUUACUCCACAUUUACUCAAUAGAUUAAUUUUCGGCAAAUAUUUUUUGUUUAUUUAAAUCUUUAUAUAAUGAAGUAGUAAACAAAAUCCAAGAGCAAUAAGUAAAAACUUAAAAAUAAAUGCGUUUGGUUUAUGUUAGGUACCUUACAUAAACCGAUUAAUUAUUAAUAAAUAAAUGUAAUACCUAUCUAUUAAAGUAACUAUUAAAGGG